AUGACAAACUGCGCUCGGACUGUCUACAGCUUGAAUGAUAAAGUUUUGUGGGCUUCAUAAUCCUAACACAGCUCGUUUUAUCUCAAACACCAGUACAGCCUACGUAGCCUCUUUUACAAAUAUAUUCGUUGCGUGAACAGCAGCAUGCUUGGAGCGGUCAUUUCCAGAGGACUGUAUAGCCUUAUUGUGAUCUUACUCUCGGUUGAUCUACUUCCGUGUUUGUGUGCAGAUGGAGAGCAAAUAAAUCCGCUAGUGCUGGAGGAGUUGCUGCUAUGGGUAGGUGGAGGAGCUGGAUCGGUAAAUACCUACCGGAUUCCGUUACUGACUUUCACGAGGCAUGGCAGCCUGCUGGCGUUCUCUGAAGCAAGGAAACAAAGUGAAGUCGAUAUUGGAGCCAAGUUCAUUGCUAUGCGCCGUUCCACUGACAAAGGAGCGACCUGGGCCCCCACUUCCUUCAUUGUGGAUGAUGGCUCUCUGGCUGAUGGUUUGAAUCUGGGGUCAGUGGUCAUAGAUGAGGAGACGGGCUCUGUGCUGCUCAUCUACUCGCUCUGCUUCCACCGGUACCACUGUAGUCCUUCCAGCACCAUGCUAGUGGAGAGCCUGGAUGAUGGCCUCAGUUGGAGUGCUCCACGCAACCUGUCUGUCAUGCUGGGGGUCAAGAGCUUUGCCCCUGGCCCAGGAUUUGGCAUACAGAAGCGCAUCCCCCCAGCUGUAGGCCGUCUGGUGGUUUGUGGUCAUGGUUCAAUUGCUGGGGACGGGGUCUUCUGCAUUCUGAGUGAUGAUCACGGCCUCUCCUGGAGGUAUGGGGCUGCGCUGAAGAGCAUCCCUUACAACCAGCCCAAACAGUCCCUGGAUUUCAACCCUGAUGAGUGCCAGCCAGUAGAGAUGGAAGACGGCAGUAUUGUAGUUAACGUCCGCAACAACAACAACUACCACUGUCGGUGCCGCAUAGUGGUGAGGAGUCUGGAUGGAGGGGAGUCCCUGCCUGUGGACGAGCUGGUGUUUGACCACACACUCGUGGACCCUGCGGUGGCUGCCGGGGCCCUGCAGAAAGAGGGGAUCCUCUUCUUCACCAACCCAUCCAAUGAGCAGCACAGAGUGAACCUGACUCUGCGUUGGUCUUUGACUGAUGGUCAAUCCUGGGAGAAGAAGGCUGUUCAGAUAUGGGCUGGGCCAAGUGGCUACUCCUCCAUGACAUCAUUUCGAAGUGACUCCCCAGUGGAUAAGAAGUUCAUCUAUGUCAUCUAUGAAAAAGGACACAAGGACUAUGAUGAGUCCAUCUCCUUCGUGAAGGUUCACCUGUACGGCGGGCGAUAGGACGGAGGGAUCGCAGAGGGAAAGGGGUAAAGGGAUUCCAAAGUUAUUUGACUUUGCAGAAUUUUAUGAAAGAUUACUCCCCAAAGUAAUGCACCUGAGCCUGCUACGAGACCUGUGUCUCUAUUGGAAGUAGUAAACCUGUUCUUUUGGGAGUUCAAGUUAUGUUGCCCGAUCUCUUCCUGCCCAGUGCUUGCAGUGGAUUCAGUCUGGUACACCUGAGACUGUGAUUGGUUGGUUUAUUAGCACAGGAUUUAGCUAAAUCCCCUGACCAUAAUGUGAGUCGGUUGAUGCAUUGAAGUUGUCACUUUACCUGAUCUUUUCACUGUUUUCACAUUGUUUUAUCACUUGAUGAGUGAUGUUGUGUUCAUAACAUAGACUUCUGUCUGUGCCUAGGGUUAAUGUUUUUAUACCUCAUGACCAGGAGUCCUCACGUGCACAACAAUUUGAGUGAACUUUAUAUAGGGUGAUCUAAAUAACCUCUUUAUAUAAGGUGAUCUGAAUAACCUCUUUAUAUAAGGUGAUCUAAAUAACCUCUUUAUAUAAGGUGAUCUAAAUAGAGGUGAUGAGUGAGUUUGGAAUUAGAGCCUUUUUCCAUUUGAGUUGUUGCAUGCAUUUAUGACCCAUUCUCUCGUCAAAUGAACAAUGGAGUAGAUAGAUAUUUUCAGUAACGAUCUGUUUAUAUUGUGGCUGCAGUCAUCAGAGACUCUGCCUAGUAUGAUUAGUCAAGUUUGAAAAGUGGUGUUUUGAAAGUGGCGUUAACAUGACUUUAAAACAAUCUUUGGGUAAUGAUAUGGUAACUGUCCUGAAGAUUUUAGCACUGUUUCUUUUUUUUGGUCUUGUGACACAAAUUUGUUUAAAACAGAUUUAAACAUUGAUCAGUAUAAGUUGAAGUGUGGUGUAAAUGCUAAAGGCAACUUGUGUGUAUUGUGCCAUUUUAUUAGAAAAAUCUGCCUGCAUAUUGACAAAGGAAAAAAGGGAUGUAUUUGUUGUUUACCUAAAAGUGUAAAGAAUGGAUUGUCAUUUUGCAAACAUCUCAUAAAAGCUUUCCCUUUAUUUCUGUAUAUUUUUAGUAAAUUUUAUCAUGAAAUUGUCCAGCUUGAUGGAAAUCUUAUAAGUGUAUUAAUGUUUCAUUUAAAAUGUUUUAAGAAUAUGCUGUUAUACAACCUAAUUCAAAGAGAUAAAAUGACCUGGAGAAUGGAAUGCAAGGCUUUCAGUAACGGGCAUCACCUGUGAACACCUCAGAUGGCUUUUGAUGUAAUAACUUUUUGUAUAUACUGUACAUUAUCUUAUUUUGCUAUAAACAACCGGAUUAAAACCAAUUUUUUCCUGUA